UGCAAAUACUCUAUCUUUUAUAAAAUAUUACGUACAUUGAUUGAUUGAUUGAUUAAAACUAGUCUCAAUGUUGUUUCAAUAUGAAAAAAAUAAACAUACCCACUCAUUCCUUAAUUAUGAACAUUUUUUUUUUGUAACUGGUAAUUAUGAGCAUUUUGUAAUCGAUUACACAUGAAAACAUUCUUAACGAGCAUGAGACUAGAACUUGCCAACAACCAAAGCUUAGAGCAUUUUCCGAUUUGUCUUUCACUCUCUUAAUAUAAGUUCACAUCUUAGAUAUUUAAUAUCUAGACCCUUCACGAGUAUUCUGAUUUUUUCUUUCACUGCCUUAAUUUUUGUUUCUUUAUUUUAAUCAUAAGAAACAGUAUUAGAAAUAUACCAACUGAUGCAGAUGCCCUAAUAAGUCUUGUUGUAAGGAGAUGAUUAAUUCGUCUCAGAAUAUUGGUUGUGAAAAGAACCACGUCGUUAAUAACGUCUUCUUUAAUAAUCAUCAAACUAGAUUAUAGUUUAUCAUAACAGAAAGAGAAAACCUGAAGGUGAGUUGGCUAACUCUAAAUAGCAAAAUCUUCUCCAAGCCAACCAAAAGUUUGAGUAAUGCAACAACAACCACUUACUUUUCCCAUGCAAACCCUAAUUUUCGCAUCAUCUCUCAAUUCUCUCUCGUUCGUGCUCCCUCUAAGCCAAUCUCCACCACACAUCCUGUAACUCCCACCUUUCUCCGAUGGAGGGGCCACGGCUUCCUCCUUCCGCCGCCUUCCAUGAAUCCGACGAUGACAAAUCCGACGAUCCUCCUUCCGCCUGGCACCGUCCAACCUCGAGUCUCUCCGCAUUGCCCUCUCAAGAUCCUCCACCACACCAUUGGCGUAAUCAUUCUCUUAAUCUCUCUCCAAUCCUGGCGACACCUCCGCGGUCUCUCCCUCCUCCCCAUUCAAUCCCCGAGCUAGAGACCUACGUUGUCCAGGUACCGAGAGAUCAAGUCUAUUGGACUCCUCCUCCUGAACACGCAAAAUACGUCGAAGAACGCCGUAAUAACCCGGAGAAAAACAAAAGGAAUGGGUGCUCUAAACGUAUUAUGUGGUUCUUUAUCAUCUUGAUCUUUUUUGGAUUCAUCAUUGGUGCAAUCACCCUCAUCCUUCACCUCGUUUUCAACCCCACUCUUCCAGUUUUCGCAGUCAAGAGAUUAACGGUAAAACCUAGUAAUAUCGAGAUCACGUUGAGAGCCGAGAAUCCGACGUCUAACAUGAGGGUAAGCUAUAUGAUGGAAAAAACCGGAAUGAUUUCAUUAACGUACAAGAACAAGAGCCUGGGACGCGGGAAAUUCCCAAAGAUGUCCCAAGCGGCGUCUGGAUCCGACAACGUCAAUGUAAAGCUCAAUGGGUCGACCAAGAACGCCGUUAUGCCACCUCGGGGAUCAAAACAACCGGUGAGUUUGGUGCUGAUGAUGGAGCUAAAGGCGGACUAUGAAGCAGGACCAGUGAAAAAGAACAAGGAAGUGGUGGUGACUUGUGAUGUUAAGGUUAAGGGGUUAUUAGAUGCCAAGAAGGUCGAGAUUGUGUCGGAGAAUUGUGAGAGUGAGUUCAAGAACUGACAGUCAUAUCAUAUAAGGUGAUUGCGUCGUUAGAGUUAUAGUGUGCUGUAAUGAUUUAUACUUAUGAUGUAAUGUUCAAUUGUUUAUUUUUAAUUUGUUCUCCAAAUGUCUUUGUUCUUACACUAUUGUUGAGCGACAAAAGAAAACUUGAACAAGGACACGGUAGACAGAGAUCAAGCUAUUCCAUAGAUUACACGAGGAUUUCGAGGAUGUGAGCCUAUCUCAUAUUUUUCGGAAUAGGAAUGGCCAGGCGGACGUGUUAACAA